AUGAAGGAACGCGUUUUAACAAAUAAUGAAAAAUCAUUCGUACAAAAGGCUAUUCUUGAAUCGAUCCGUAUCGAUGGCCGAACACUGGAUGAGUUCCGCAAACUAAGGAUAAGCUUCGGCAGCGAAUGGGGACUGGUGCAUGUGAUCCUGGGGGAAACCCGAGCUCUGGCACGGGUCACUUGUGAGGUGGUGGAACCCAAAGCUACUCGCCCAAACGAGGGCAUGCUUUUCGUAAAUGUCGAGCUGGGUCCAAUGGCAGCACCACACUUCGAUGGAGGCCGUCAAUCAGACGAAUGUGUACAGUUGAAUCGCAUUUUAGAGCGUGCGUUGAAAGAUUCGGGCUGUGUCGACCUGGAAUCGCUCUGCCUGGUGUCGGAGGAGAAGGUCUGGACGCUGCGUGUGGACGUAACCGUGCUGAAUCACGAAGGCAACACCAUAGAUUGCUGUUCGAUAGCUGCCCUGACAGCGCUGGCCCACUUCAAGCGACCAGACAUAACGGUCGACGGUGAGAACGUGAUCGUGCACACUAUGGAGGAAAAGGAUCCAAUCAAGGUGACGCUUUUCCACUAUCCAAUUUGCGUGAGCUAUGGUAUUUUCAACCAGGGCAAAAUAGCCAUCGCUGACCCCACCUACCUGGAGGAGCGUGUCGCUGAAGCAAAAAUGGUUUUCGGAAUCAAUUCGUACGGUGAGCUUUGUGGGUUGCAUCUCGGUGGCACAACGCUCACGAGUGCCGAUCUGCUUUUGCGUACAUCGUCGAAGGCAAGCAAACGGGCCCGGCUAGUGGUGGAAAAGAUCAAAGCCGCCAUCCAAAAGGACAAUGACGAUCGCGAAAAGGGUUUACCGGUCGGAUUUGCUGAAGGAAUUGAACGUAACGAAACGACGGUACACGCCCAGGAUAGGAUGCAGGUGCGAUUGAAACGGUUCAAGCUGAAAAUUGACGGACAAGAACGUUCGGAAUCUGACUGUGACGAGGAAACAGAAUCUGACGAUGCAAUGGAAACCAUCGGGGAAACUUCUGGCGAGGUAAACAAUGAACCGGUUGAACCGAUGGCUGUAGAUGAUUCAGAAACAGUUGUGAAGGUCGGUGAAAAUGCGGCCGUAUUAAUAUCGGCUAGUAAGGAUAACAGCAACCAAUGGAUAACGGAAGAGGAACUGAUGCAGGUGAAGGAAAAGACAGGAAAAAAGCGAUCGAAAGCUGGUUUGAAGAGCAAGAAAAAAAGUCUUCUUUCCCGGCCAGGGCAAUGUGAGUUCAAAGAUGUCGAGAGUAGCGAGGAGGAAACUGUAACACUUACUUCAGCAGAUAUAUGA